AUGGCCUUUGCGCUGGCAUGGCUGCUUUGCAGCCUCUUUGUUCUGCCUACUUCGGCAGAGGACCUCUCGGGCAUCAGCGGCUUCUUUCAGCGUGGCACAGACAACCUGGCGCUCAGUCGCCUGCAAGCGCCACCACCGGAAGCUGAUGAUUCGCCAACACCAGAUAGCUCAGAGAGGCUCCGGAGUACGUGCAGAGGCUGCGCUUGCUACAAGCGCUGGAUGGGCCAGGACUUUCCAGGUCUGAAUUUCUGCACCGACCACAAUACGGCUUGGGAAAGCGCAGCCGGCAAAACGCCUAACAUGAUGUGCAUGGUAGCGGACUCCAAGUGCGAAGGCAAAGCUGAAGGAGCCUGCGAACCCAACUGCCCUCGAUACACCACAAAUGGUUGUGUUUGUGAGAGAGCCUGGACCAUGGAAGGUCACGGGGAAUGCCAAGAUUCCUGUUGCAACCCAACCAAUGCCGAGGCAGAAUGGUGCAUGGUGACAGAUCCUAGCUGCCAAGGCAUGCAGUGGGGACCUUGUGCACCUGGGCCAGUGCGGCAUCCCAAAGAGCGCGUUACGAGGAAAGGAUGCAAGUGUGCAAAUGGCUGGAAUGUUCAGGUUGAUGGUGAGGUGCAGCAUUGCCACACUUUCUGCUGCAACCCAUCUGGUCUAGGAGUUGAAGGUGAUGUAUGUGUCGUGGAGGAUGAAGCAUGUGAGGGAAUGAACAUUGGACGAUGCCGCCCGUGA